AUGGUCGGUUCGCCCUUCUUUGGGCUCAACUCUCUGCGGGGCCUCAGCAGUGCUCGACUCUUCUCCACGGCCUCUCAUGCUUUCGAUGUUGCCGUCAUAGGAGGAGGCCCCGGUGGGUAUGUCAGCGCCAUCAAGGCAGCCCAACUCGGUUUGAAGACCGCUAUCGUCGAGAAGAGGUCCGCGCUCGGGGGUACCUGCCUGAACAUAGGCUGUAUUCCCUCGAAGUGUCUCCUCCAUUCAUCUCAUGAAUACUCCGCUCUGAAAAGCGGCAGCACUUUGAAGAAAAUUGGAGUGAAAAUUGAUUCGUCAUCGGCUGCUGCUGACUUGACUGCCAUGCAUCGACACCGGACCCGAACAGUCCAAAUGCUCACUAAAGGCGUCAAGGGUCUCAUGGACAAGAAUGGGGUUACACAAUUCCACGGCCUCGGACGCUUUACGAAUGCCAACACUUUGGAGGUCGACAUUACCGAUGGAGCUAGCGAGUCUAUUGAGGCAAAGCACUACGUGGUAGCUACGGGUUCCGACUCCUCCUCGCUACCUUUCCUCAAGAUUGACGGUGAUGUCAUUGUGACAAGCACUGAAGCCUUGGAGUUCCCAGAGGUACCUGAGUCAAUGGCGGUGAUUGGUGGUGGAGUGAUCGGCCUCGAGCUGGGCUCAGUAUGGGCCCGGUUGGGCACUAAAGUCACCGUUGUUGAGUACAUGCCGCAUAUCCUCCCAACAGCCGAUCUGGACGUAUCCCAAGCUCUACAGAAGUCUUUACAAAGGCAUGAGAAAAUGAACUUUCACGUCGCCACGGGGGUUUUAGUAGCGGUUGGACGGCGCCCUUACACCGAAGGGCUCGGGUUGGAUCGCGCCGGAGUCAUCACGGACGCUCGAACGGGCAUGAUCGAAGUCGAUGAGAGUCUACGGACGAACGUGCCAAAUAUCUGGGCAAUUGGUGACGUUGUACGAGGGCCCAUGCUGGCACACAAGGCAGAAGAUGAAGGCUUUGCAGUUGCUGAGAGAAUCAAUGCUGAGUUAAAAAAAGGCAAAGACUCGAGCCACAUCAAUUACGACAGCAUACCAUCGGUGGUUUACACUCAUCCCGAAAUCGCUUGGGUCGGCAAGACUGAGGCAGAUUGCAAGAAGGCGGGAAUCGAUUACAAAGUUGGAGUAUUUCCCUUCGCUGCAUCUGGUCGAGCAAAAUGCGUCGACUCGACUGAAGGCUUCGUUAAAGUGAUAUCACAGAAGAAAGAUGACAAACUAUUAGGGGCCUGUAUCGUGCAAGCUUCGGCAGGUGAGCUCAUCCAUCCUUUUGUCUUGGCGAUCAACUAUGGUGCAUCGAGUGAGGAUGUGGCCCGUACAUGCUUUGCACACCCGACCUUAUCGGAGGCGGUCCGCGAGGCAUCGAUGAUCACUGCCUUCGGGAAGGCGAUUCACGUUUGA